AUGAAACUCUCACUUCUUAUGUUUGGAGGUGCUCUCUGCGUGGAUGCCGCAGUCCUUCGCAACCGCGCAAGUUACGCUGUGAAAGGAAAGCCUGAGGGAUUCGCCACUGGAGUCACUGGAGGUGGUAAAGCAGCUUGCCAAGUGCCAUCCAGUGUAGCUCAGUUGACGACGUGGCUCACGGACAAUGUUGCCCGUUGCAUCGUUAUUGACAAAGAAUACAACUUCAAGGGUACCCAAGGCAAGGCUGUGGAAAACGGUUGCAGGCCAACGUCAAACGCAUGCCCAGGAAAGGGUGGCCAGGACGCCAUCAAUCUCAACAACUGGUGUCAGCCCAAAUUCGCUGGUGCGGGCGUCAAGACUAUCCAGGUAUCCUACGAUAAAGCAGGUCUUUACGGGAUCAACAUGGGCUCGAACAAAUCACUCAUCGGCGUUGGCAACAAAGGUGUAAUCCGUGGUCGCGGCCUGCGGAUUGCCAAGGCCAAGAACAUCAUCAUCCAGAACAUUCACUUUACCGAGAUCAAUCCUCAAUACAUCUGGGGAGGUGAUGCUAUUGCCACGGAUGCAGGGUCUGACCUCCUGUGGGUUGAUCACUGCAAGUUCUCCCUUAUCGGUCGCCAGAUGUUUGUAGCCGGAACUGGUGCCGCUGGCCGCAUUACGCUAUCCAACAACGAGUUCGAUGGUCAGACUAGAUGGUCUGCUACUUGUGAUAACCGCCACUACUACGCCAUCUACCUCGAUGGCUCAGCCGACAAGGUCACAAUGAAGAACAACUAUAUCCACCACACCAGCGGUCGAAGCCCCAAGGUGGGCCAGAACACAUUCCUCCACGCAGUCAACAACUACUGGUACUCCAACUCUGGUCACGCAUUCGACAACUUGGCUGGUGGAAAGGUCGUGGCUGAAGGCAACUAUUUUCAAUCCGUUACCACUCCUCUGCUCGAGAACAAGGGUGCUUUCUUUGGAUCGCCGUCAACCAGCGCUAAUACGGCUUGCAAGACGGGCCUGGGACACAACUGCCAGAUGAAUACGUUUGUCUCCAGCGGAAAGCUCGGUGGAACUGAUACCGCAUUCAUAUCUACCGUCAAGGGCCAGCCCAUUGCCUCAGUCUCAGCAGCUAGCACUAACAUCAAAAACCUAGCUGGUGUUGGUCGGAUU